GUUUGGGAGACGGUUGGUCUGGGACUCUCAUGGAUUCUCAUGCGAAACCCAGUAUAAGGAGCAUUGCAAUGUAAUUCAACGCGAAUUAUAUGCCGCUCCUUUAAGAAUCCCCCGUUUCCGCCCCGGAAAUGAAGGAAGAAAUAUGUUACCUGUAGUAACAUAUUGAACAGGAAUGCUAUGUACAGUUAAAUAAAAUAGUGUGUUUCGUUAUAGUUUAGCGUCGAGCAUGACAAAGCGGUAAGGAUGUGAUGAAUGCCGCUGUAGUCGUAGAGUUUUUGAAGUGUUUGAGAAAUAGAAAAAAAAGCUUAGUGUUUUUCCCUAGAAUUUCUUCAAUGAUGGCUGCAAUGACUUGGAAGGAAAUUGCACUGUUGGCCGGAGUAGUUGUGGCCUGUUACUGGAACAGCCUGUUCUGCGGAUUUGUCUUUGACGAUGUCUCCGCUAUUCUGGAUAACAAGGACCUGCGGCCCACAACUCCACUCCAAAAUCUUUUUCUCAAUGACUUUUGGGGAACUCCUAUGUCAGAGGAAAGAAGCCACAAGUCAUAUCGGCCACUGACAGUCCUUACCUUCAGACUGAACUACAUGUUUAGUGAGCUCAGUGCAAUGUCUUAUCAUCUCCUGAAUCUGCUGCUCCACGCUGUUGUCUGUAUCAUUUUCCUUCGGGUCUGUCGGCUCUUUUUGGAUAAGAAAUCGAGCCUGGUAGCGGCCUUGCUUUUUGCCGUUCAUCCAAUUCACACAGAAGCUGUUACCGGGGUGGUUGGGAGAGCUGAACUUUUGUCAUCUAUAUUCUUGCUAGCUGCAUUUUUGUCCUACACCAAAUCCAAAGGUUCAGACAAUUCAAUUGUCUGGACUCCUAUUGCACUGACAGUGUUGUUAGUUGCAGUUGCAACAUUAUGCAAGGAGCAGGGAAUAACUGUCAUUGGAGUCUGCUGUGUCUAUGAAGUAUUUGUUGCUCAAGGGUUUACUUUGCCUAUGUUGGUUGACACGUUGCUUCAAGUUCUGCGAGGAAAAGAUGGUCUUCCAUAUUCCAUUCUGCAAACAUUAUUAAAGCUUAUUGUUCUCAUUAUCAGCACUUUAUUAUUGGUAAUUAUAAGGGUGCAGGUUAUCCAAUCUCAGCUGCCUGUGUUUACCAGAUUUGAUAACCCUGCGGCUGUUAGCCAAACACCUACAAGGCAGUUGACUUUUAACUACCUCUUGCCAGUUAAUGCUUGGCUACUCCUGAACCCAUCCGAGUUAUGUUGUGAUUGGACAAUGGGUACUAUUCCACUAGUUGAGUCCUUACUGGAUGUCAGAAAUCUUGCCACCAUAUCCUUCUACUGUUUGCUUGGGAUGAUGGUGUAUCAAAGUCUCCGAUACUCUGAGAACUCAUCAAAAACUGUUAUCAUGGCGCUAUCUUUGAUAGUUCUGCCAUUUAUUCCAGCUUCAAAUUUGUUUUUUCCUGUGGGUUUUGUUGUGGCUGAGAGAGUCCUCUAUGUUCCCAGCAUGGGUUUCUGUAUUUUAGUAGCACAUGGAUGGAGGAAAAUUGCCCAGAAUGGUAAUCUGAAAAACAUUGCCUGGCUUGGUGUGGCCAUUCUGCUGGCAUCCCAUGCAGUCAAAACAGUUCAUAGAAACUGGGAUUGGGAGUCAGAGUACACGCUGUUCACUUCUGCUUUAAAGGUCAAUAAAAAUAACGCCAAACUCUGGAAUAAUGUUGGUCAUGCUUUAGAGAACCAGAACAAUUAUGAAAGAGCUUUGAAGUAUUUUUUGCAAGCCACAAGAGUUCAGCCAGAUGACAUUGGUGCCCACAUGAAUGUAGGAAGGACAUACAAAAACUUAAAUAAAACCAAAGAAGCUGAAGAUGCCUACUUGAUUGCAAAAUCUUUGAUGCCGCAGAUCAUUCCAGGAAAAAAAUAUGCAACACGUGUUGCUCCUAACCAUCUUAAUGUUUAUAUAAACCUUGCAAAUUUAAUACGGAAUAAUGAGUCACGCUUGGAAGAGGCAGACCAACUGUACCGACAGGCAAUUAGCAUGAGACCGGACUUCAAGCAAGCUUAUAUCAGCAGAGGAGAGCUUUUGCUGAAAAUGAAUAAACCAGUAGAAGCAAGAGAUGCCUAUCUCCGAGCCUUAGAACUAGACAGAACCAACGCAGACCUCUGGUACAACUUAGCAAUUGUAAACAUUGAAAUGAAGGAGCCUUCUGAGGCACUGAAAAAUUUCAACAAUGCUUUAGAGUUAAGCCCAAAGCACAAAUUGGCACUCUUCAAUUCUGCGCUUCUAAUGCAAGAGUCUGGCGAUGCCAGGCUCCGACCAGAGGCUAAACGAAGAUUCCAUAUCUACAUUGAAGAAGACCCCAAUGAUGCAAAUGGAUACUUUAACCUUGGUAUGCUUGCUAUGGAUGACAAUAAAAAUGAAGAGGCAGAGAAAUGGAUGAAAAAGGCCAUCAAGCUACAGUCAAGUUUCCGGAGUGCACUCUUUAAUUUAGCACUCCUGUAUUCACAGACAGGCAGAGAAUUGGAUGCCUUACCUGUUUUAAAUGAAUUAUUAAGAUUUUAUCCAGAACAUACUAAAGGCCUAAUCCUCAAAGGAGACAUUCUUAUGAACCAGAAAAAGGACACCAGAGGUGCCAAAGAAUGCUUUGAGAAGAUUCUUGAAAUGGACCCCAACAACGUUCAAGGAAAACACAACCUCUGUGUGGUUUAUUUUGAAGAGCGGGACCUUCUGAAAGCUGAGAAGUGCCUGGUAGAGACACUUGCCCUUGCUCCUCACGAGGAGUAUGUCCGUCGGCAUCUGAGCAUAGUCAGGAGUAAAAUUGCAGCUCUGAAUGCUGCAGCUCCAGCAGAUGGCAACCAUAGUCCAGCAGUGGAGGAAAAAAAAACUCAGCCAGAGAAGUCCAAGAAUGAGAAGAAUGCAAGGAAAUCCUUCCCUGCUAAAAAUCCCACAAAGAGCAAAGAGCAGUCAAAGAAGAUGGGGAAUGGCCUGCCUGAUAAACGGACUAAGACCAAAUCUACAAAAGAAAUCAAGGAGAUUGAAAAGAAACGGGCAGCUGCCCUAAAGAGACUAGAAGAAAUUGAACGUAUAUUAAGCGGUGAUUAACCUAAGUUAUUGAUGGACUAUUUUUAUACUACUGUCAGAAUUGUUGGGCUUGUUUUGAAAAAUGACAUUUUCCUAGUUUAUGCAUGCAUCAGUGCCCUAAGAGUUGAAAAAAUUAAUGUUAUAUUAAUAACAGGCCCCAUUUACUUUGCAAGAUUGUAUCUAAAUUAAGAAGAGGUUUUAUGUUCAGAAUUGAUUACUGUGAGAAAUGGGACUCAAGUGAAACAAAAAUUACAUAACUGUUGAAAUGAAAACACAGUUUAAAGAGAUGGUAUGUGAAAAAGCACAAUGUUAUUAAAACUAGAACCCAUUGUGAGAAUAUAAGUGUGUAAUGUUUUAGUUCACAAUUUCACAAUGGACAUCUUGUUCCAGGUUUUUAAAAUUUUUGUAUUGAUCACUGGGUAUGUCUCAUGUACUUUUAGUGCAUUUAGUUUUCUUCAGUAGUGUGAUUUAAUUAGUAGAAUGAUUGUUGUGUAAACAAUAAAAGGAAAUUACAAACAAUUACACUGUAGUUCUGGGGGAUGAUCUGUGUAAUAGUUCUUAAAUAACUCUACAUCUGCUUACUGAAUCAUUCGAUAAGUUUAGCUGUUGUAUUACUUCAUAUUGGACUUCCUCUAAGUAUGCUGUUUCAGUUGAUGUAAUACAAUUUCCUUUUAGAAAGCUUUUUUUUUCUUCUGACUUCACAGUUUGUAUUUAACUGUGGUUCCACGGAAACCACAGCUUGGAUUAUCUUGGGUCAUUCAUUUCAUAUCUGUAUUUAGAAAUAUGUAUUGUAAUGCCAGAAAAUAACAAUAACUACCAAAUGUAUAAUUUUGUAUGGUUGCUCUUUUGAACUGCACAUUGCAGGAAGGUACUGUCUCGACUUUAGAGUGCUUACUGUAAGCCCAAUUUAACUUGGUUAAAUUACUGUCUGUAUUGUAUGGGGAAAAUGCUCUCUUCAGCAUAAUAUAUAGGUAAAAAACUAA